GAGCCUUCUGGGGUCUGAUGGUCGGAUUAGUUGUUGGACUGAUUCGUUUCAUCUGGGAAUUUUCUUAUUCUGGGCAGUCGGAGCUUCAACCAGCGAUAAUAGCUAAGGUUCACUACUUACAUUUCGGGUGCAUACUUUUUGCAAUUUCGUCUGCUGUGACCAUAAUUAUCAGCAUUUUCACUGAGCCAAUAGACAUAAAAUACCUUUAUAGAUUAACUUUCGGGACCCGAUUCAGUUCUGAAAUUCGUGAGGAUCUGAUCAGCAAGAAGAAACGAGAAAAUAAAAGCAAUAAUUCUUACGAAGUCUCAGUGACCAAUACAGGGGAAGUAAAUCCAACCUUCAGCUCGGAGAAUGGAAAAAAUGAAACAGAAGCCCACGAAAUGAAGGCUAAAGAAGACAAGCCUAAAAAUGAAAGUGAAGUUGUCAGUUCUGAAAAUCAAACAGGUAAAGAAAAAAUGGCACCUUAAGUACACGUAGGCAAAAUGGUCAGGUCAGAAACCCUAGGAUUUAGGUAUUUUCGUCCCCAAUACUGAACUACUGACAUGAAGGAAGAUUUUCUUCGGCUCUUUGGACCGAAGAACUGGAUUGACUAUUAUUUUUGUAACGCGCUAACAGCUUAAAAGACGGAGCGUGUUCAGUGUCAUUACGUAUCGAAUCUCGGAUUCUUCAACUCUCUGCCCGACACGCUAAUCAUUAGGCUACGUGUCAUCUCAGAAUUAUGAAAUAAUGCUCUUUCUAGCCAUUAGUGAAAUGUUUCUACUGUUGUUCAAUAUUCACUUUUUUAAGAACUAGGAUAAAGUACAAAAUUCUGUUUGUUUUAUUCUGAUUUCACCCAGGGUCGAACGCGGUUCAGUGAUUAGAGUGGCGGACUGUAUAUUCGUGGUUUCCCCCC